AUAGUAUACCUCGUCUAGGGGCUCAAAACUUACCAUCCAUCUCAAAGGGGAUAGGGUUAUCCAACUCCUAUCCACAUUGUCACCUCCCGAAGUUCGAUUGAAUAUCCUACCAAGCAUACCCAGCUUGCCACGUGGCACUAGAAGAUCCAUUGGAGUUUGGGAAGAUGAUCUAAAUAACUACUUUUCUCUUUCUCACGCACGCAGUAUUCAUUAGGCAUUUGAGAAACAAGAGGGUAGUUUGUUAAUUUGGAGGGAAAGACCCAUCAUGGCAUCACUAGCAACCUUCGCCGCCGUGCAACCCGCCGCCGUCAAGGGCCUCGCCGGAAGCUCCAUAGCCGGCACUAAGCUCCACCUCAAGCGCCCAUCCCGCCAGAGCUGCAGACGAGCCAACCUUAAAGCUCAUGCGAUUGUGGCCAAAUACGGUGACAAGAGUGUGUACUUUGAUUUGGAGGAUUUGGGCAACACCACUGGCCAGUGGGAUUUAUAUGGGUCAGAUGCACCCUCACCAUACAACCCCCUCCAGAGCAAAUUCUUUGAGACAUUUGUCGGUCCUUUCACCAAGAGAGGACUAUUGCUCAAAUUCCUGAUAUUGGGAGGUGGAUCCACCCUUGCUUACUUUAGUGCCACUGCCCCACCAGAGCUCUUACCGAUCACGAAGGGUCCCCAACUUCCACCCAAGCUUGGACCGCGUGGCAAGCUCUAAAUCUCCAGGAAACCUUAUGUUCUUCAACCUUUUAUUGUGCUUAAAUUAUCUUCUCUGCACUUGUAAGUAUGUCCAGAGCUAGUUGAGACCACUUUCAAUCGUAUGAAAAAUACUUUCUUUUCUCGUUGUGAUCUGGAAUUGUGCUUUCUGAUUUAUUGGAUCACUUAUUAAUUGUGAUA